AUGGCUUGGUCGAUACAGCGAGCAAUUCUAGGAUUGCUCACGUUGCUUUACCUGUAUAUCACGGUUUCUUCUCUUGAGCGUCAUGCUGUUCUCGCACGGCCCGACACCGUACCUCAAGCGCGACAGAGUAGACAGACAGUUUCAGAACAGGAAUUUCAGACAGCGCAGGCAAGCACCCAACAGAUCUGGUCUGAUUUGAGGAAGGACGAGCCCUCCUGGCGCGAAUCAAUCAUCGACGCGCGACCCAAUGGCCUGCCAGCAACAGCAUGGCACUACUUCAAGAUCGCCUUCCGAGCCCUUUUCAUGAAUGCACCAACAAGAACACCAGGAACCGAGAACGCAAAGCUCAGUCCGAAGUUACAGGAGGCGGUGGAUGGACUGACCAGGGCUGCAGUAGCUGAUCCCGAUGCCUUGUUCCUGCUUGCUGAGAUGAACUUCUACGGCAAUUUCUCCCAUCCGAGACGUCCGAAGCGAGCACACGAGCUGUAUUCUGAGUUAGCAGCAAGAGAUGGAAAUGCUACGGCUCAGCAUAUGCUUGGGCUCCUGUAUGCUACCGGUAUAGGCGAUGCUGUUGAAAUCGACCAAGCAAAGGCACAGCUGCACUAUACUUUCGCGGCCGAACAAGGCGAGGUCAGGGCUGAAAUGACAUUGGCCCACAGGUACCAUAUGGGUAUCGGUACCGCAAAGAGUUGUGAAAAGGCUGUUGAGUACUACAAACGUGUCGCAGACAAGAGCAUGGACUGGUGGCUGUCAGGUCCGCCUGGUGGUCACCUCAUACAACGAAACGCUUAUCGCUGGGUCGAUGAAGCAGGAGGCGCGUACGGCGAAGGUGCAAGCUGGACCUCCUCGGGUCCAUUUGCUCCUGGCAAGAACACGGUGUACGAGAGCUUUGAUAACGUUCUGGAAUACCUUGACAUGCGUGAGCGCCAGGGUGACUACAUGGCCAGUCUAACUCUUGGGAAACACUUCUAUGAGCCACCAAGAGGAUUCAGGCGCAAUCUCAAAAAAGCAAGAUCUCAAUUUAUGAAAGUGGCCACGAGCUACUGGAUGAGAGAUGGAACUGUCAACCCUAAAAGGCCGAAGAAUAUUGAGAAGACGGCUGCCAAAGCCGCAGCCUACAUCGGGAGGAUGUUUCUGCGUGGGGAAGGUAUGGAACAGAACUAUGAAAAAGCUGUUACCUGGUUCAAAAGGGGCAUUACCAACGGCGAUGCUUUUGCGCAGUAUCACCUCGGUCUGAUGUAUCGUGAUGGUCUGGGUGUUCCGAAAGACGGGAUUCGUGCUGCAACUUACCUCAAAGCCGCUAGCGAGCAGCAGCUGGGUGUCGCCCAGUCUGCUCUCGGAGUUCUAUUUCUCGACCAAGGCGACCUGGAUACAGCUAGCCGAUACUUUGAGCUGGCCAAGAAUUUUGGCGUUAUGGAAGGCUAUUACUAUCUGGCUGAAUUUGCCAACCAAGGAUUGGGCCGACAGCAGAACUGCCAGCACGCAACAACAUACUACAAGAUUGUGGCAGAAAGAGCCGAGACUUUACACUCUGCUUUUGUAGAAGCCAAUUCGGCCUACGAGAAAGGAGAUUACGAACGAGCAUUUGUCGCUUCUAUCAUGGCUGCAGAGCAAGGUUACGAAUCAGCACAGGCCAACGCAGCCUUCCUACUUGACCAGAAAACGGCAGUCUUUUCUGUACCCAUGCUACCUAUCUUCCCAAACCCACUUGAAUCUGUGCCUCCUGCACAGAGGACGAAACUUCUUGACAAUGCACGACUGGCCCAAGUUUACUACACCCGAUCUGCACAUCAGCAGAACAUCGACUCUCUGAUCAAAGCAGGCGACUACCAUCGCCUUGGCAUAGGCACACCUACACGUACCGCUCCAAUCAAGUCAAACAAGACCACCGCCAGCACAGAAGCAAUGUACAGCUGCUACUCGACAGCCGCCGAACACCCAAACGCCGCCCAAGCACUCUGGAACAUGGGCUGGAUGCACGAAAACGGUAUCGGAAAUGUCGAGCAGGACUUUCACAUGGCAAAGCGGUAUUAUGAUCUUGCCUACGAGAUGAACAAAGAAGCAUAUCUACCCGUGAAACUGGCUCUACUACGGCUCAGAGCUAGGAGUUGGUGGAACGGCGUAUCCGGGGGUAAAGUCAAGCCAAUGGAAGACGAAGACGAACAGCAGAAGAAGAACAGACCGAAGAGCCUGACUGAAUGGCUUGGAAGGUUUCUCGAUGCAGCCGUUGAGAUGGAAGCACAGGACUACGCGGAACAGCAACGACAAGGCGAGUAUGGUGAUGAACUUGACCAUGUCGCUUAUGGAGAGCCUGGCAUGCCAGGAGGAGACAAUGAGUAUUAUUACAACAGUGGCGCGAACCGAAACGCAGAAGGCGGCGCUGGUGGUGACGAGUUCUACGACGACUUUGAUGACGGACUCAUAGAGAGUAUGAUCAUCAUUGCGUUGGCUGGAGCGCUGGCUCUACUUGUCUAUGUCCGACAGCAGAGGGCGCGUGAUGCGAGGGAAAGGGAAAGACAAGCUGCUGCUGGUGGAGGACAGCAACAACAACAGCCACCACCUCCACCACCACCGCCUCAACCCCAGGCGCAACAGGAACAGCAAGCGCAGUUGCCGGGUCAGAAUGGCGGGUUUUUUCCCAACCCGGGCGAUCCGGAGUAUCCGAAUUGGGUCGUAGGUGGUGUGGGACAUUGA